AUGGCGAGGGCCAAAACUAGUUUAAGUGCUGAAGAAAAAAAGAUGCGAAGAAAAGAACAGAAAAGAAAAAGUAUGAGAAAAGCUCGUAAACAAAUGAAAAAUGAUCCUAUUAAAUAUGAGGAAACCAAACGUAAAGACAGAGAAAGGUACUAUAGGAAGAAAGAAGAUGGACGUAUUAAACUUGUGUCAGAGAUGACUCCAAUGCAAGCGAGAGUUCAGAGAAAAGUGUGGCGUGAAGAUAAAAAAAAAUACCGGGCCUCAAAAAAGGUAAAAGAAAAAUUGGAAAAUUUUAUUUGCAACAGUACUACAUCGGCUAGUCCUCUCCCAGAGAAUCCUGGUCCCUCAAAAGCAGUCACUCCGGAUGCUCAUCACGUUUCCCUAUCUGCUCAGAGAAAAUAUGUUGGCAGUAAAAUAGCUAUGAAGAACCGAAUGCAACUAAAAAGAAAAAUACAGGAGUUUGAGAAAAAAGUUGCUGAUCUGAAGAAAAAGAACAAACGACUAGAAAUGAAAAACUGGAUCCAGUUAUUAAAAGGAAGAAAAUCACAGAAAAUACUUUACACCCACGUGCCCAUCGGUAACAAAAUGGAGGCGAUACUGAAAACAAAACGAACGAUGGCAAAGGCGACGCUUACAAGAAAUUCAAACAACCUAGCGAAGGUAACCUUUCCGCUCACCGGGGAAGCCAAAAUGCAGCUGACGGCGAAGCUGGAAAUGGUACGCAAGGCCUUCGAAGAUAACCGCCAAGCCCAGUGCGAGAUUCUGGCCUUAGACCAGGAUGACCCAGAAGACAUAGGGGAAAUGGAAGAUAAGCAUAUGCAAAUAAUUGCCACCGUAACGGACAAUGGGUCCAAUUUUGUAAAAGCCUUUCGUGAAUUCGCUGUAGGAUAUGGAGAAAGAGAAGUACAUGAAGAUUUGCAAGGAAAAACUUUCAGCGGGGUUCAUGAUAGAGAAGAGGACGUUAAUGAAGAUUAUUUACAUGAUGAAGAAGAUAGACCUUUAAACAAAUUGAUAUUUCUGAUAAUCCUGACGACUGCAGAAUAA